AUGUCUCUCACAUUAAAACCAAAAGGCGAAUUAAAUCUUUUUGGUAGCGUAGUCAAUCACGUAUCAUUGUGCGCAAAUUUCACAUUAUCUGUCGCAUGUAAAGCAACCUUUGCCAUAAAUUUAUUAUUAUAUGUCGUAGGAAGUACUCUAGCCAAAUUCACAAAACAAUUCGUUAUGAUUGCGAGCGAACGUAGUGCAAGUACCGCAAAGUGGUGUUUGGUUUUAAUCGAUGAAAUAUUUUCAUUGACCAUCGACUAUGUUGAUUUCGAUGAUAAACAAGAUCAAAAGGUUUCUUCGGAAGCAACUUCAAUCAAAACAAUCUUGGCAAACGCUUCCAAAAGAAAAUCAAGAUCAAGAAGUGCAUCUCUUUCAGCGAAGAAAGGAAUCGCUGGUACCAUUGCUGCACCAAUUUCACCCAUUGCACGAAGUGAUGCGGUAAAGAAAACCGAUGCCUCCCAACCAAUCGAGAUUCUACCAAAGUCUAAAUCUACCAUUAACAAAACACAUGAAGCCGCCCUUUCAAUGUUUGCUGAAAUCUCUUUAAGAAAAUCUGAAAAAUGCAUGUUAACCAAGGAACAGCAAUCUCGUCCGUUAAUUGCAUCAUCCCUUGGUCAAAAUCGUUCUAAAGAUUGGAAAUCCAUGAAUGUUUGUCCAAGCAAACGUUAUUCAACUCUUGCAAAUGAAAAUCCAAAGCGUAAUUAUGAUUCGGAAUAG